GUAUUAUUUUGUCUCUACUCAGUUUCCUUGUAGACCCUUCACCUAUUCUAAAUCAUCAAGCAGAAACAGUUCAGAUCUGUAAGGCACAAAAAUAAACCUAGGAUCUGCUGUGAUGGCAUCCGAUGACUUUGAUAUAGUGAUUGAGGCCAUGCUGGAGGCUCCCUAUAAAAAAGAGGAGGAUGAGCAGCCAAGGAAGGAGGUUAAAAAGGACGGCCCUAGCGACACCGGCAGCAGCCCCGGCAGCGGUGGCAGUGGGAGCAGCACCAGAGGGGAGGAAAGCAAGAAGAAGAAGAGUCGGAGCCAUAGUAAAAGCAGGGAUAGAAAGCGCAGUCGUAGUCGAGACCGGGAUCGGCAUAAACGGAGAAGUAGUCGGAGCCGAAGCCGAGAUCGGCAGCAUCGUCACCGCAGCCAUAGCUGGGAUCAUCAACAUAGCAGUGAGUCCAGAAGUCGGGCCCCACGUCGUGAGAAUCGUGUGCACUACAGGAGUCCACCUCUUGCUGCUGGGCAUAGGAAUGGACACAGUAAGAGUCCUCAUUUCAGAGAGAAGAGUCCGGUCAGGGAGUCAAUUGAUAAUCUGAGUCCUGAGGAACGUGAUGCCCGAACAGUUUUCUGUAUGCAGUUAGCUGCUCGCAUUCGGCCUCGAGACCUGGAGGACUUUUUCUCUGCUAUUGGCAAGGUUCGUGACGUACGUAUUAUCUCAGAUCGGAACUCACGUCGUUCUAAGGGCAUUGCCUAUGUGGAAUUCUGUGACAUUCAGUCUGUGCCACUGGCCAUUGGGUUGACAGGGCAGCGGCUGCUGGGAGUGCCUAUCAUUGUACAGGCCUCACAGGCUGAGAAAAACCGACUGGCAGCCAUGGCCAACAACCUGCAGAAAGGCAGUGGUGUACCAAUGCGCCUCUAUGUGGGCUCCCUGCACUGCAAUAUUACCGAGGACAUGCUCCGGGGCAUCUUUGAGCCCUUCGGCAAAAUUGAUAAUAUUGUCCUGAUGAAGGACUCAGAUACAGGCCGCUCUAAAGGUUAUGGUUUCAUUACGUUCUCUGACUCUGAGUGUGCCCGACGGGCCCUGGAACAGUUGAAUGGCUUUGAGCUUGCUGGUCGACCUAUGAGGGUUGGCCAUGUGACUGAGCGACUGGAUGGUGGCACAGACAUCACUUUUCCUGAUGGAGACCAGGAGCUGGAUCUGGGAUCAGCAGGUGGACGUUUGCAGCUCAUGGCCAAAUUGGCAGAAGGCUCUGGAAUCCAGCUGCCAACCACAGCUGCUGCUGCUGCCGCUGCCCAAGCUGCUGCCUUGCAGCUGAAUGGAGCGGUUCACUUGGGGGCCCUAAACCCAGCAGCUCUGACGGCUCUGAGUCCAGCCCUGAACCUUGCCUCUCAGGCAAUUGCCUCCCAGUGCUUUCAGCUUUCCAGCCUUUUUACCCCCCAGACCAUUAAAUCGGUGGCACAGUACAUUGCCUCCCUAUGCCUCAGCGUCCUGCCACUCCCUUCUUCAUAUCUACCAUUCUACGGCCCCUUCUAUCCAUUGUGUGGAUCAAGCCAUCCUGAAGCCAUGGACAUUAACUCUGGGGGAAUUGGGGUCACCCUUAGACACCAAGAAGAGCUCCUGCCCAUGGACCCACUGGGAAUAGACUCUGCUGACCAACCAGUAGUUGAAGAGAAGAGAAUUAUUGAACACCUGUUUCUCCAUGUAUUUCAUCUCCUGGGAUGAUCUUCAUUGCCCUUUCCAACCACCUCUUAGUGAUUCCUGGAUUCCUCCUCUGUUGAGAAGGUCUUAGGGCAUUAACUGAAGGAACUGAUUUAUUUUUUUCCCCUAUACCUUUACCCUACAAUUUUGUCAAGGAAAAACCCUUAAGCCCUCUGGUCCAAGAGGACUUUGCCGUUCAGGGGCUGAACCUUGAAGGUGCUGGCCUGGUGCUGCAAGGGCCCUAGAAGAUAGCUUGAAUGUGUGUGUGCAUUGUAAAGCCUGCCUUAGACCUCUGCUUGGGGCCAGAACUACUGUGGGCUCUGCAGCUUGCUGGGAGCAAAACACCUGCCAGGUAUUUUGGAUGCCUUAGGGGCAUUCAGGAGUUCAGUGAAAGAUGGGGUACCUUUCCAGUAUUUUCCAUCUUCUUUUGUAUAGUUAGUUGUCCUUCCUCCCAGGUUCUUCCUUUGGUCCAGGAAGGGAGGAUGGUGGGGAGGAUGCUACUCCACUACUUCCGAUGUGCCUCUACUGUGGCUCCAUUCCAGCGCUGACGCCGCUCCUGUCCCCUACUUGGGCACAUAUGAGCCCUUCUCACUGGAUUUUAUGUCCUUGUGUCUGUGUACAUAAAUAUAUAUAUAAACUUUGUACAAAAGGCAAGCCUUGCUGUUGUGGCUGCUGCCCAUAUGUGUGUGGUCUCAGUCAGUUGUGUCUGAUGUUAACUUCUAAUGAGCCAAAACCAAGAGUGGUUGUAGGAAUAUAAAACAAUGCCAUUGUGUUUUCUUUAUUUUAAUGGUAUCUAACCGUUAGAAAUAAAACAGGACAAAAGGUGCACACCUGUAUACAGAUA